AUGGACCAGUUCGAGAGAAAAAGAAAGGUUAGAGUGGACCCGGCCAUUAUAGAGGACAUCUUCACAAUCUCUAAUGGUCAUGCUGGUUUAACAAACCUUUGUGGAAGGGUGCUCGACAACAAUCUUCUUACACCAACAAUGAUCGUCGAACUCGAUCAAUGGCAACAAUUCAAAGCUCACAGCCUAGUCCCUUUAGUUCUCUCUUAUCCGACCGUACAAACCAAGAUGGAAUACAUUAUGCAGGCCCCCGAUGAACAGAAGAUGUUGCUACUCCAAUAUGUUCGGUGCUUCCCUCAUGUCAAGAUCUUUGAUCAACUUGAUCCUGCAACCACAUCCUUGAUAUCUCAAGGUUUCCUGCAACCCAACCAAAGAGAGAUUGGUGGACAACUUGUGAUCGUCUCCUGUGUCCUAAAGUCACAACUCCUUAGAAAUUGUAUAUUAUCAAUGUUGGGGGAUCUGAUCAAGAGUGGGGUUCCAGAUCAACCAUUCCCAUCAGAUGGAAGCACAUCCCCAGAUGGUUACCAACCUAUUCAGUGA